AUGUAUUUACUAAUAAAUGAUGCUUACGAGUGUGAAAAAAAGGUCGAAGGCUGGAUUCUACCGGAAAUGCCUUCUUUGAUCACGGACAUCCUCAUUUCUAUGGAUGAUCGUUUUCUGUACAUAUCUAAUUGGCUUCAUGGUGACAUAAGGCAGUAUGACAUUAGCGAUCCAGAAAAUAUUCGACUCGCUGGACAGAUAUUUGUGGGCGGUAGCAUCCAUGACGAAAGUGGAAUAAAUAUCCUUAGAGAUGAAGAGCUUGAGAAGCCCCCGCCAGCUUGCUAUGUCAAAGGAAAACGUAUCGAAGGAGGUCCACAAAUGUUACAGCUUAGCUUAGAUGGACGAAGACUCUAU